UCGCUAUUCGUUGUCAUCGAAAGUCUGGAGUGUCUCUCCCGUCCAACUAGACAGCCAGCAUUCUGACAUCUUAUUCAAAACACAUCCAUAGCUACCACUCGAUCAUGCCGUUCACUUGGGAUCAGGACUCGAGGUGACUUACUCGGUACUGCUGGAUCAGAUACGUGGACAAGUUAUCUGUGUAUUCUCAGACUCGUUCGGUGGCGAAAAGAGGGAUAAUGAUGAGUGAGGGGCAACCAAGUAAACUCUCCCUGAAGUAUUACUAUGUCCCCUCGAUAUGUUAGAAAGGAAAAAAAAAUACAGAUACUGCUUCAGGUCUAUAGUGUCUUGGGCACUUGUGUCUGAUUUCACCUAACCAUGACUCAGGCUUCGAAGGAGUUAAUGAAAGACUCAGAAGAAGAGUCUGCUCGCCAUCACCAACAUCAUCAUCACCACAAUCAUGCAUCUACAUCCACCUAUGCCUCAGUCGUCAACUUUGCCUCAGUCAUCAACUCUGGCCCAGCCACCAAAGGCUUGACCACAAAAGCCGUUCAAUCUAGGAUCUCAAAGAAGUACGUUUGCCUCCGCCAUGAGAGCGUCAAAAUACUAACCUGUUAUAGGAACGAAAAAUCGGAUGAUCAACAUCAUGACCACAAUAUCUCUACAACUGCUUCGACAACUAGUAGUACAGUUAGAGGUAUUAAUCUGCCUCGUCCUUCACAUCAAAAGAAGAACUUAUUUGCUUGCCAUCACCACAGCCCGGGACAGCAACAAUAUGAAAACCAUCACUGUGACAAUGCAUUUGCAAUAGCAUCUACUUCUGCUUCAACUACCAACAGUUCGACUAUAAGAGGUGACCAAUCCUCAACUUCCGAAGAAGUAAUCCUCGAUCCUGGGUCACAAGACGAGCAACUAGCAGGUGUUGGAAGCUGGGUGGAAGAGUACAACGAUAGUUAUGGUGGGAAAUAUCUAUAAGAAAUGGAUUUAAGCGACGCCGAGAAGCCAAAGGAGAGGGAAAGAGAGGAUUGGAUUAUGAAGUAGAAUGAUGAGAUUAUGGUGCUGAUAGGUCAUUCCUAAUUUGCUAUGAUCCUAUCAUCUCCAAAGAAGCAUUAGAGUAGUGGGAUGAAGUAUUUUGAUGGCGCUGGUGGUCACAAGGUUAUGACUCCUGAACGUCAGCAGCUUAUCAAUCAGGAAAGCUACUACUUUUCCAUCACUCGGUGUGUUCACUUUGGGUGAUGAUGAUAUCUGCACUUGCUCUAGAAAACUUCACGGGUUAUCCUUGACUCGAUAUCAUAAAAUGCAUCAACCCAAUAGAGCCAAAUGAGAAGAUCGAGCUAAUACCUCCAUGGUGAGACAUGAACCAACCAACCAAGCUGUAGAGCCCACGAUGUAUAAUUUUUCCAUUGCUUCAUCUUCACAAAUCUCGAUACCAAAUAGUCAUAUAUCUCUCCACGGAGAAUCUCCACCGUGCACCCCCAACCCUCCACCCCCACGCACCUUUCCACUCGCUUCCCGUCGCAUAAUCCCGGGCACUUACGGUUACACAUUCGACGCGGAGGAAUAAAUUUCCGGUGGUGGAGAGUUUUCCUGAUCUGUUCGAAUCUCGAAUCUCGAUGUCUCGAAAUGUCAACACUUUCCACACACUUCAAUAUAUUGAAUUAUAUCGUCAAGCUCAGCAAGCUGCGGCAAAGAAUGCGAUAUCGCAUGCGUAAUAGGAGAACGAUAAAUUAUCGGAAGCAUGUUAGAGUGAUGAACGGAUUGAGAUGAUUGUGGGAAAUUGAUGGCGCUUGUUAAUGAUGAAUAUGAAUAUGAAUAUGGGUAUGGGUAUGGGUAUGGGAUUGUGGGGAGCUAAGUUGGAUAGCUAUUUAAUAGGUGAAAGUGGAUUGGGUGAUGUAGUUUGACAUGUGUGAGUGAGCUUGAGCUUUGCUAUUUUGGUGUAACGGAAAGAAGGUACGGUAGAAUGAUGGAAGGGCCGAGACUGUUUUCAGCCUUUGAUAUCUCCCUGCCUAGUCGAAAGUUUGAUGCAUGAAGGAGAGAUUUUUGUCUGUCUGUCUGUCUGUCUUGGAAUUUAAUUUUGGAAGAGAAGAUAGAGAAUAAUAUGUGUGUGAUCUAUUUGUAGUGAAGUAAUAGUGAAGAUUGAUAAUGAUAUACCUAUCUAGGUAGUGGUAAUGAAAAGAAAAUGAAUCGCGUUGACAAUCGUGUCUCAUGUCUCAUGUUCAAAUCACGGGAGAGCGGAGACUAAAGAUGCCGCGU